CUGGGAACAACUUGCCGAGACAACAGCAGCAACAAUGACGGCGCCAAACGACCAAUUCUAUAUCCGCUACUACUCCGGCCAUAUGGGCCGGUUUGGCCACGAGUUUCUAGAAUUUGACUUUCGUGUCGUCGGCGAUGGGCGCAGCGCGGUCGCUAGAUAUGCAAACAACUCAAACUACAGAAACGACAGCCUGAUUCGGAAAGAAAUGUGCGUGAGCUCUGCAGUCAUUGAAGAGAUCAAGCGGAUCGUGAAGCAAAGCGAAAUCAUCAAAGAAGACGACUCAAAAUGGCCGCAAAAGAACAAGGACGGCCGUCAGGAGCUGGAGAUCCGGCUAGGAGGCGAUCAUAUUUCAUUUGAGACGGCCAAGAUUGGAUCAUUAGUCGACGUCACAGAAUCAGCAGAUCCCGAAGGCCUCCGAGUCUUUUACUACCUGGUGCAAGACUUGAAAGCGCUCGUCUUCAGUCUGAUAGCGCUUCAUUUCAAGGUUAAGCCAAUCUGAGUCGAUACUGGGGAACGGCGGCGAAACAAGCAAAAGUUAUGAUACCAAUUCGACCUCGAAGAUCGCACGACUGUAGCCUCCAUGACAGUAUGUGGUGCGUGGUAGAAAUAAUCCAGGUCUAGGCUGGCGUAUGGGGAAAUUCAAAGACAAAAAAUCAGCUCACUUGAUCUUUAGCAGUGGUUUGGUAUAGCUUUGGGACGAGAGAUGAUGGUAAUGUUGUGCAUUAAUUUGUUUACAUAGAAUACAGCUAAAAUGGACUGUCAAUCGUCUCCUUUGGGACUGUCAUCUUACAUGCGUGGCGAAGAGCCGUCAUGUCUCAGGGG